CGAGGCGAGAGACCGGGGGGGGGGGGGGCGGGUCUGCGGGUAAGAUGGCGGCUACUGCGGCCGGUGUGGGCCGGUUAGAGGAAGAGGCAUUGCGGCGAAAGGAACGUCUCAAGGCCCUACGAGAGAAAACCGGGCGCAAGGACAAGGAAGACGGGGAGCCAAAGACCAAGCAGCUCAGAGAAGGGGAAGAGGAAGGGGAGAAGCACAGGGAACUCAGGCUGCGGAACUAUGUCCCAGAGGAUGAGGACCUGAAGAAGAGGAGGGUGCCCCAGGCCAAGCCAGUCGCAGUGGAAGAGAAGGUGAAGGAGCAGCUGGAGGCCGCCAAGCCAGAGCCCGUCAUUGAGGAAGUGGACCUGGCCAACCUCGCACCCCGGAAGCCUGAUUGGGACCUCAAGAGAGAUGUAGCCAAGAAGCUGGAGAAGCUAGAAAAGCGGACCCAGAGGGCCAUCGCCGAGCUGAUCCGUGAGAGGCUGAAGGGCCAGGAGGACAACCUGGCCUCUGCAGUGGCCAACACCACCCCCGAACAAGAGGCCGAUGACUCCGACUGAGGUUCCAGGUACGCAACGGCUGGGCUCUGGUGGACAGUGCUGAGGACUUGGGUGGUAGAGGUGGAGGGAGUGUGUGCACACAGACCGUCACUCAUUCUAUAAGGCAAGUGAUUGAACUUAAAAUCAUGCAGCUCCUCUAAGGAGAUAAUGCUUAGGAAAGGGGCAGAAACUCAAAGCUGUAAGUAAGGGCUGAAGUGGUAGGCAGCUGGCUGCUGCGGUGAGCAGUAGGACAAGACCAGGGCUGAUUCUCACAAGGGACAGGGAUCAGACAUGCCCCACAUGUGUUAGGACUGGAGCCAGGCUCCCUCUGCAUAGCCAGGGUCAAGAGCUGGGCUUCCCUUCCCAGGAACAAAGGUUGAAAAGAUGCCUGCACCUCCUGGGAUUGCAGUUGGAAGCAGGAUGUUUGUCUGUGGCAGUGUAGGACUCAGAUACCUGCGACUGGCACCUAGGCUCCCACUCAGUGCCAGAGUAAGGAUAUCCCCACUGUAUGAGAGCCCAAAGAGUUAAUGAAAGGUUUGCUUCUACAUUUACAACCCUGUGUGCCUUACAGAACGACCGCCCUACAGGGAGAGAGAAAACCAAAAACUCAACCGUGAGGGGCACUCAAAAAUUAUAAAAUGCUUGAGAAAAUUCAGUGCCAUAAAGAAUGGCCAGCAACCCAACAAUUGAGAGAAUUUCUGCUUGAAGAAAGUAAAACGAUAACAUCCUAACAGGCUUUAAAAUGAGCAUUUGUUUUAUCACCAGAGAGAUCAAAGAGGGACUGACUCCCACAACUCAAGAGCAGGGAUUUGGUAUAAGAAACAACUGAUGAGAAAUCUUGAAAUGAAGAAUGUUUAUUAAAAUAAGAAACUCACCGGAAGAGCUAAAUGAUAACUUUUAGUCGAAGAAGGGGUGAAUAAAUUGGAAGUAAAGCUGAAGAUCCAAAAGGUGGCAGAGAGGGAGAAAGGAGGAUAGAGAGGGGAUAGAUUGAGAAUCUUGAUGUACUGGUAGCUGUCCUGUAGCUGAUAGGAGUUCAGGAAAAGAAAACUGGAGAAAAAAGGUACUUGAAGAAGUAGUAGCUAUCACUUGUUUCUGGCAUCUCGGCAGGAGAGUUGCCUGAACUGAUCUUCUCUUAGCAACAGCUAAAAAUACUAGGUUAAUAAAAAUUGACAAAUGCCUUUUAAAUGCUUCAAUGAUCUGGCAUGAAAGUAAGGAAUACUCGGGCCAGAAGGUAAGAGACACAGCAGAAUGCUGAAGUCUGACCUUUGCCCUGAAGGUAUUUGACAAACCAGGUGAAAUUGAGCAUUGGUUUUGGAGGCCCUUGAUGCCUGGGGCCCCAAAGGGCAGCACCCUCUGUGAACUAAUAAUCAGUCUGUUCUCUUGGCAUCCCAAGGGGAACUUGAACCCUACCAAUCACUGGAGUGGCAUAAGGUCUCCCUUGAGAGCUGAGGCAGCCCUCUCUCAUGUGGGUUUGCACAUGAGAAACCUCAGGCCAAUAUUUAGAGUGGUCCCAGAAUAUGGUGAUCUCACACACUUGACAGAAGGAAAUGCAGAUCCUCCCUGAAUGAAUCUUUAUUUAUCUUAGUCCUCAAAGAAUCCCCACUGAUAAAGUUCCAAGAAAGAUGAGUAACUUACAGAAAAGUUCACCAGACAUACUAGACAACAAAGUACUCAGAGCAAAGGACAUCAGAGAGAACAUGGUAGCAUGAGACUUGCAAAGACUUCAGACAUUAGAAUUAUCAGUCAGAUAAUUUUAAUGUUUAAAAAUGAUUUAAGAACUAAAGGAGAGGCUUGAAAAGCAGAAUAGAUUUGCAGAAGAACUAAAACAAUGCUCUGGAAGUAAAAAUUAUUAUAGCAAUUUAAAACCUUGUAUCUGUGAAUUAGAGCUAAAGAGGCAGUUUGUGAUAAGGAAGCUAGAUCUGAAGAUGUUAUCUCAAAUGCAGCCAGCGAGAUAAACAGGUUAAUCAUAUAAAACAAGAGGCUAAGAGAUAUGAAGCAUAGAGUGAAAAGAUCCAACAUGUGGUUGGAGUUACAGGGGGAGAAAAAAAGGCAAAAAUGGGGCAAAGGUAAUAUAUCUUUUCUAAUGACUGAACUUUUCAAAAUCACCAGUCCACAGAUUCAAGGUCAACAAAUCUCAAGCAGGGCAACCAAAAGACAUCUGCGCUCAAGUGUUCUGUCUUGUUAUGUGGUGAUUCAUCAGGUAUAUUCACUUUAUGAAUAGUCAUUGAGCUAGACACAUGUUUUGUACACUUUUUGUAUGUUCAUUACAGCUCAGUAAGCAAGUUUGUCUCAAGUUUUUUUCACACUUCGUAUCAAUUAUCAAUUGCUGUAUACACAUUACCCCCAAAAGUCUGUGGCUUAAAACAACAAAUGAUUAUUAUCUGGCAGUUUCUGUGGAUCAGGAAUUCAGGAGCGGCUUAGCUGAGUAGCUUGGGGUCUCUUUGAGGUUGCCAUCAAGAUGUCAAGAUGUGGUCUCCAGGGCAGCAGGCAUUGCAGGGCUCAACUGGGGCUGGAGGAUCUGCUUCAGGACUGUUUCGACUCCCAGGGCUCACAGGAAUGCUUAGAGAAGCAUCAUGCACACAAGAGUCCUUGCCGCGUGGACCUUUCCAUAAGGCUUGCUAGAGUGUUCACAUGUGGUGGCAGCUGGCUUUCCCCAGAUCGAGGAAUCCAAGAGAGAAAGCAGGAGGAAACUUUAGAGCCUUUCAUGACCAGGUCUCAAAAGCGAUAUUCUGGGGCUUCCUAGGUGGCACAGUGGUUGAGAAUCUGCCUGCCAAUGCAGGGGACACGGGUUCGAUCCCUGCUCCAGGAAGAUCCCACAUGCCGCAGAGCAGCUAAGCCCGUGCACCACAACUACUAAGCCUGUGCUUUAGAGCCCAUGAGCCACAACUAUUGAGCCCAUGUUCUGCAACUACUGACGCCCAUGCGCCUAGAGCCCGUGCUCUGCAACAAGAGAAGCCACGGCAAUGAGGAGCCCGCGCACCACAACGAAGAGUAGCCCCCACUCACCGCAACUAAAAAGAAAGCCUGUGCACAGCAAAAAAGACCCAACACAGCCAAUAAGAUAAAUAAAUAAAUAAAUAAAUAAAAAUUUAUUUAAAAAAAAAACGAUAUUCUGCCACAGUCUAUUUCGUUAGAAGCAAGUCACUGCUUCCAGCUCACACUCAGAGGGAGAAGAAUUAGAUUCCACCUCAAGGUGGAGUCUAAGAAUUCAUAGGCGUAUUUUAAAACCAAUACAUAGCUGGACACAUUAUAAUAAAUUUCAGAACUAAAAAACUAAGAAAAGAUCUUAAAAUUAGAGAUUAUACUGUCUUUCAAAGAGCAAGCCCGCAGCAGAUGUCUCAACCACAGCCGGUGUUAACUGGAACAGUACCUUCUGGUAUUGGUGUUAACUGGACAAAGGGUAAAUGUCAACUUGAAAUUCUAUACCUAGAGAAAAUAUCUUACAAGUACAAAAUAUUUUUAGACAAACAAGACCAGAGAUUUUGUCACCAGCAGACUUUUUUAGAAAAUCUACUUUGAGGUCAUGAAAAUAUUCUAAAAUGGAUUGUGGUGAUGGUUGCACAAGUCUGUGAAUAUGCGAAAAGCCAUUGAAUUGCACCUUAAAAUGGGUGAAUUGUAUGAGGUUAUAUCUCAAUAAAGCUGUUUUUUAAAAAAAGAAGGAAGCAUUCUCCUUAAAAAAAAUUCUGAUGAAUGUCUUCAGACUGAAGGGUCACAAUCCCAGAUGGAAAAUCUGAGAUGUAAGAAGGAAUGAAGAGAAAGAAAGCAUAAGUCUUAAGUAGGCAUUGAUUGACCUUAUAAAAUAGAUAUGUGUCGUGAAGUAAAAGUAAAACAAGAGCUACUUAGAAUAGAUAACAACAGUGUGUUAAGUCCUGAGGUGAGAGAUGAUUGGAAUUACAGCCAUCUGCCAAGCUCACGCAAGAAGAGAGAAAUGGCUCUCGUAUACAGGCAGGCUUACACUUCUAGGAUAACCCUAAAAAUAGAAAUAGAGUGUACCCCUUCCAAAGAAACCGAGGGAAAAAAAUUGAAUGAGAAAAAUAAAUUGUCCAAAAGAAAGCAAAGGGGGACUUCCCUGGUGGCGCCUUGGUUAAGAAUCAGCCUGCCAAUGUGGGGGACAUGGAUUUGAUCCCUGGUCCAGGAAGAUCCCACAUGCUGCGGAGCAACUAAUCCCGUGCGCGAGAACUACCAAGUCCGUGCACCGCAACUAUGCAAGCCCAUGUGUUGCAACUAAAGCCCGCAAGCCUAGAGCCCGUGCUCUGCAAUGAAGAGUAGCCCCCACUCGCCGCAACUAGAGAAAGCCUGCGCACAACAAAGACCCAACACAGCCAAAAAUAAAAGUAAGUAAAUAAAUUUUUUUUUAAAAAGGCAAAGAGAAAAGAAAAGGUGGGAUAAAUGAACAUAUCCAAAUAUAUCAUUAAUUACUAUUAACGUACCUGACCGAUUUUGUUUUUAAACUCGGUCUGAUGCCGUUUUAAAAAAAGAAACCUAAACCCAGUCUUUCAAUCAGAAAGGUUGAAAGUGAAAGGAUUAGAAAAGCUCUAUCAAGCUCAGAAUCAACAGAAGGAAGCUCAGGUAGCUGGGGUGAUGCCCGACAAGGGAGACUUUCAGACAGAAGGGUUACUAGCUACGCUGGUAUGCUGUGGCGCAGCGGGCCUUCCACUGCCACAUGUGACAAUGCUGGAUGGUGAGACCGCUUUGCGAUAGUUGAACUCGUGCACAGCCCGUGACCAGCAAUCCCACUGGUAGUGUCCUAGAGCACUGUUGCCCAGGAAUACCAGGAGACAGGGGCAGGAACCCUAAUAGAAGCAUGGCUCAUAAUAGCAUACACACAAACACAGUAAAACACAGGCAUGGUAAUGGGUUAUGGUUCUGACAGUAGAAUACUUUCUAGCAAGGAAGUGAGCUAUAGCCACGUGUAAGAUUAUGGGUACAUCUCGAAAGAAGCAAGUCACGGAAGAAACGAAGCAUGAGCCAUUUGUGUGAUGUUGCAAACAGGCAGAGUAGAACCACAUACUCUAAGGAUACACACAUGGCUGGUGAAGUUGGUGCAGAGGAACAAGGCGGCGAUCCUCUUCAUCAGGCUUUGCAGUUAACUCUGGGAAGGGGCCCUAUGAGGUACUGAUAAUGUUCUUUUUCUUGGCUCAAGUGAUGGGAUUUCAUUUUACUCUCUAUCCAUUCACCUUAUACAUUUUUGGCAGGGUUAGGUAUGCUGUAUUUCACAUACUUGUAAAAGAAAUUUCCAGAAUUUACAGUCUGAAUUUCUCAAUAACUGUGAAGUGGAUUUUUUUUUAAUGGCCACAUCUGCAGUUUCACUACAAUGGUCAAGAUUAGAACAUUGAGCAUAAAGAGGAAAAUCCGACAAGCUACAGGAGGGAAAAAAAAAAAAACAUGGAAAGAUUGCCUACUAAUGAAUGAGUUCCACUUUUCAUCAAUAGUAGAUACUAGAAG